UCUCAGUCACACGCGAGUUUCAUACAUUCAGGCAUUUGGCAUUUUAUCCAAAGCGAGAAAAGAUGACUGUUUGGUAAAAUGUACACGUUUGUACAGUUGCUAAGAUGUACACCAUACAGUAAAUGUAUUUAAUUCAAACGGACUGAACGAGAAUCGAAACGUUUUUGUCCACAGCAUUUUGUUUUAGUUGCCGACCAUGCAGCCGGACGCACAGUUCAGCACAGCAGGUCUUCCGAAAGCUUUCCUUCACAGUCUGCGGACAUUGUUUGAUAUUCUGGACGAUGGACGACGCGGAUACGUUCAUAUAUCAGAGAUUGAGAGCCGCUGGAGAGGCGCGGAGACUCCGCCGGGAGUUCUGGAAAGUCUGAAGUGGGUCGCUCCGCAUCACGGCUGUCUAACAUUCGAGCGCUUUGUUUCGGGACUCCGAAACUCGAUGUUAAACCCGGAGAACAGCAGCAGAACUACCGCUGUCAAACCUCCACAUGACCCGACGGAAUGUAGAGUUCGUCCUCUAGGACCGAGUAACGCAAUAAACACACAGCGCAGCCGGCAGACGAGUCGGGACAGACUUCACGGGGUCUCGGUUGGAGGGUUCGAUAGGGCCGCGUGUUCGGUUCGCAUUGGGAAAAAAGCGCUUCACUCCAGUCGGACACGAGCCAUUGAAUCUCUCGCGUUAGAAUCCCCUAACGGGCAUAUAUCACAUGAGAGUGUCGGUCUGCCUCGUUCACAAAGUGAAACUGUGACAGGAUUCACAAGUCGAUAUGGCAAGAACCAGGAUGAGCAGAGACGCCACACCCUCACAAACGGAGUGGAUUAUGGGAUGCUGAAGCAGAUGAAGGAGUUGGAGCAGGAAAAAGAUUCUCUGUUGGCCGGGCUGGAUGUUUUAGAUCGAGCAAAAGAAUGGUACCAGACGCAGAUCCACAACGUUAUUGAGACACAGAGACAUGUUGGCCAGAGUCACUCCACUGCGUCUUCCACUGGAUCUAGGCAAAGUCGGUUAGAUGUUCUUCUUCCUAAACUUAUGGAUGUCACUCGCUGCCUCAGUGAUUUGAUUUCAUUUUCAGCAACGACGUUCCUGCCCGUUGUUGUUUCUCCUCCUGCUUCUGUUCCUGCACCUCCUCAGGCCAUCCAGGUCCUAAAAGAGCAGAACCGACUCCUCACGCAGGAAGUGAGCGAGAAGAGCGAUCGCAUCACUCAGCUGGAGCAGGAGAAAUCUGCUCUGAUCAAACAGUUGUUUGAGGCUCGUGCUCGUAACACUCACGACAGCAGCGUGCUCGACUCCACCUUCAUCUGAGCGCCUCAUCAAACACACUCCUUUCCCUCACACAGUCCAUGUGAAGACAUCUGCAGUCACUUUUAGUAGAAGAGGUGGAACUGAUAAACACCUUCAGGAGGAUCUGCUGAAUUCUCUUUGGGGUUUUUUCAAUGGAUCUGAAGAGCAGCACGUGAUUUUCAUUUACAGACAGAUUUAUUUCUGAAGCAGUUUUAAUGGUCUUGCACUGUUGCAUAUAGAAAAACGGGAGCUAUACCUAAACACUCCAAUACAUUCUUGCAUUUACAUUAUUAUAAAACAAAUAUCUGAAGAUACUGUCUAGAAUAUAAACUUGUUUUGAUUUGAUGUAAAUGUGUUCACAGUAACCGUAAAGUGAUUGACAAUUCAGAUGAUACGCAGAGACGGUCUGCUGGUGUUGGUUUGAAAGGAACCUGGAAGAUUCUUACAAUUCCCGUCAAGGAUUAUAGCGUGUGACUGAUGGUUUCCCUGAACGAAACUCAGAUCUAUAGUGUUAAUGUUCUCAGUUUAUUUGAAUCUGCCGGUCCUCAUCUACCUGAAUUGACAUGAAUUUUAUUUAUGGAACAAUGGAGCUUUAAGCUUGCAGUGGACACGUACAUAAACCAUUUAUGAGGAACACAACAAAUAAUGCAUUUCUUACUCGGCAUUCUUAAAUCAGAAUCAAGAUGCAUUUUCAGACACGGUUUUCGCAGUGAAGUAAAAAAAUGUUUUGAUAGAAAAUGACUUUGGUUUACACUAUCAGACAUCUUUGUGCACUCGUAAAACAGUUGUGUAAAAAACAAACCAUUUUGUAUUCAAUUGAGGAAAACACAUUAACGUUUUGUGUGACACGUAAUGGGCCCUAUCUGCACUCGGCAUCAGACGCAACCAAGUGUUUUUGGUUAGUUUCAGCCUGACGCAGUUCUCAUUUUCACGUCCAGCGCCACAUAUGUAAAUGCAUUUACACACAUUUGAGCGCCCACGGAGUCGUUGAAAGAUCAAUCUAGCAGCUGAUCCAGAUACAAAAGUCAAACACGUAAAAUAAAUGGAUUAUUUACAAUUAAAGUAUAUCAAUGGGUUUGAUGUUA